AUGUCAAAGUCGAACCAAGGAGAGGGUCCGGCAAUAGGGAUCGAUCUGGGAACGACGUACUCGUGUGUGGCAGUGUGGCAAAAUGAAAGAGUAGAGAUAAUAGUGAAUGAUCAGGGAAACAGGACUACUCCCUCCUAUGUUGCUUUCACUCCUGCCCAACGCUUGGUUGGUGAUGCCGCCAUGAACCAGGUUGCUUGUAACCCCACCAACUCUGUCUACGAUGCAAAGAGGUUGAUUGGUAGGAGAUUUUCUGAUCCCUUGGUUCAGAGCGAUAUCAACCUUUGGCCAUUUAAGGUCAUUAAAGGUCCUAGUGAUAAGCCUAUGAUUGUGGUCAACUAUAAGGGCAAAGAGAAGCGUUUUGCUGCUGAGGAAAUCUCAUCUAUGAUCCUGAAAAAGAUGAAAGAGAUGGCCGAAGCCUACCUGGGUACAACUGUGAAGAAUGCGGUUGUUACUGUCCCUGCUUACUUCAAUGACUCCCAGUGUAAGGCUACAAAGGAUGCUGGAGGCAUUGCAGGCCUCAAUUUCCUGCGUAUAAUCAAUGAACCAACUGCCGCAGCCAUUGCAUAUGGUAUAGAAAAGAUGGCAGACAAAAUUGGCAAAAGAAAUGUGUUGAUUUUUGAUUUGGGUGGUGGUACUGCUGAUGUCUCACUACUAACUAUUGAGAAUGGUGUCUUCAAAGUGAAGGCCGUCGCUGGAGACACCCACCUUGGAGGUGAGGACUUAGCUAACAGAAUGGUAAAGCACUUUAUUGAAAUAUUUAAGAGGCAACACAAGGUGGACAUUAGUGAUAACUCCAAAGCUCUUAGGAGGCUAAGAACUGCUUGUGAGAAGGCAAAGAGGAUUCUUUCUUCCGCAGUUGAGACAAACAUUGAAGUCGAUUCUUUGUAUAAAGGUAUUGAUUUCUUUUCAACUAUCACCCGUGCCAAAUUUGAGGAACUCAAUAUGGAUUUGUUCAAGAAGUGUAUCGAUAUUGUGGAGAAGUGCCUGACUGACGCCAAGAUGAACAAGAGUUGUGUCCAUGAUGUUGUUGUUUCGGGUGGUUCUUCCAGAAUUCCUAAGGUGCAGCAAUUGUUACAGGACUUCUUCAAUGGGAAGGAGCUUUGUAAGAGCAUUAAUCCAGAUGAGGCUGUGGCUUAUGGAGCUGCUGUUCAAGCUGCUAUCUUGACUGGUAUAGGUAAUGAGAAACUUCAAGAUAUCGUGCACUUAGAUUUCACCCCUUUAUCUCUUGGCAUAUCAGUUCGUCAUACAAAAGAUAUGUUUGUUUUGAUUCCAAGGAAUUCCUCCUUUCCUGCCAAAAAGGAGAGAAACAUCACCACUAUACGUGACAACCAAACUUCUAUGAUAAUCUCAGUUUACGAGGGUGAGAGAGCAAGAAAUAGGAAUAACAUCUUCUUGGGGGAAUUUUUGCUUCGUGGUAUUCCUCCAGCACCCAGGGGUGUGGCUAAUGUAAAAGUUUGCUUUGAUAUUGAUGCUAAUGGUAUCUUGAGUGUUUCUGCCAAGGAGACUACCACUGGUUCGAUGAGGAAGAUCACUAUCACUAAAUAUAAGCCAAGACUGUCCAGUGAAAUGAUUAACAGGAGGGUCAAGGAUGCAGAGAUGUACAAGGCUAAGGAUGAUAAACACAGAAAGAAGGUUAACGCUAAGGCAGCAUUGGAGAACUAUGCGUACAAAAUGAGGAAUAUCAUCAAUGAUGAGAAGAUUGGUGCCAAGCUUGACCCUGCAAGUAAGAAAAAGAUUAAAGAUGCUAUUAAACAGGUGAUUCAGUGGUCAGGUGGCUUCCUGCACCAGCUCCAGGAUUCAGAACUGUAUGAAGCAAAGCUAAAAUGGCUCCAGAGCGUUUGCAAACCCAUCAGUAUUUGAGGCAGCACCAAAAAAGAUGAUAUUCUUUAGAGUCCGCAGCAGUACCGUCGUAUCUUUUUUAUUUUUUACUACGUUUGUGUUCGUCCUAGCGUUUUCUUGUUAGU